UACCUGAAUACCGGGUUAGGUUUGGGUUAGGUAGCCACUACCCCCAUAAAAGUACCGUGCAGUAGAUUUGAAAAGUGGUCGUGUUCGCUUCUACCGGUGCAUAAUUCGGGUAGCGUCCGCUUGUUGCUAUGCACGUGUUUAUUUAUUUGUGAUGCAUUUCUACUAGCCGUAGAGAUUUUUAUAAUUUUACUUCAUGUGUGUUUUAAUCUUCGUUCAACGUAAUAUUUCGUCGUAAAACCAAGAAAUGAAACGGAAUACGUCGCGGCAUUCACAUUCUGAUGAAAAAUCGUCGUCAUCGCGUAAAGAAGAUUGCAAUGAGACUCUACGCUCAAGAACCGAGGAAGAAAAAUUACGACGUAGACGCGAAUGGAUGAUCCAACAAGAACGACAACGGGAACACGAUAGAUUGAAAGAAAAAAUGAUUUUAGAGUAUGAAAUACGACGCGCCCGUAAAAAGGGUUUACCGUUACCCAAACAAGGAUUGUCAUGUCAUAAUCGUAGGAAAAGUAGAAGCAAAACACCACCCAGCCUACAUGGAAGAAGUUCUGCAUCUAGCACAGCUCGAACUACUAUACUUUCAAAAAAAUUAGAAUCAUCGGAGGGAACAACACCCUUGUUUAAGGGACCCGAAGGCACGAAAAUUAGUAUAACAGAGCUGCGCAAAAUCAAAGUAAAUAUUCAUAGAAACAUUCCUGGAAAGUCAUCGCCCAGUGAGCUUCAGCGGGAUAUAAUCAAUCCUGAAGAUGUGGUGCUCAAGAGAAGAGCGGGAGAAGGGUCCAAACCGAUAUUUGAAAGGGAAGAAAUAAAGGGGACCACGCUAGACACAGAGGAAGUUGAGGAACACCGUACAAUUGUAUCUAUAAAGUCUGAAACUUCGGGAAACAAGUCGAAAACAUGCAACAGGCGUUCAGCGUCUUUGAGUCUUGAAAAGACUCGAAGUCAUAGUCCUCUACGCACAUCGUCUCGUCAUUCCAGGCACGAAGACACGAAGCACGAUGAUAGAGGAAGUUAUAGAAGCGAUAGGGAAAGGGAUCGUAGUAGGGAUAAAAGUAAAGAGUAUAAAGAGAAAUAUAGACAACGCUCUCAAUCGCAUAACGUAGAUGAAGGUCGUUCACGAGAAAGAAGUCAUCGUCGUCGUGAUCAUUCGCGUUCGAGGGACAAAGACUUUCAUCAUAGAGACGAGCGAUCUUAUCGAGAGUAUCGAGCCAGGUCUAGAGAACGAUCUCGAGAAAGAAGAGAUAGAGGUAGUGGUAGAUCCGGUGAACGAAGGGUUCCUCCACCACACUAUAUCGAACCGAUUCCUGUUCCUAUUUAUUACGGAAAUUUUGCUCCAAGGCCUAUAAUGAUCGGUCCUUUGGUUCCAAUUCGUGGGCAGGGUCCUCUUAGAGGUAACAGACACCCUCCUAUGAUGGGCCCCUUACGACCAUUUGGACCACGAUUUAUCCCUGCAGAUAUGUAUAGAUUACGUCCACCGCCAAAUCCUAGAUUUGGACCAAUGUUUUAAUCAAUGUCUGAUAGAUAUUCAAUUAAAGAUUAGUGAUGAUGCUUUAUUAUAAGGUACAUGUUCGCACAGUACUUGGUAUGCCAAAUUCUAAUCUAUUCUAAUUUAAUUUAUGUACAGUAAGGUAAAAAUUUUAUUCCGUAUUGCGGUAUUACGUAUCGCGCUCAAUUUUUAAUACAUUUCAUUAAUGUAUGAGUCGUUUGACUGUUGUGUAAUUUGUAAUUGUACAACUGCCUUGUUAAAUUAUAAGAACCCCUUGUAUAAAUUGUAUACAUACAUAUAUAUAUCUAAUUUUAAACGUAAAAAUGUAAGACAAUGCGAGUCGAUUUCCCGUCUAUAUUUUUUCAAAUUUUAAUUCUAUACAUUUGUGCUGAGAUAUUAGUCUAAUUAGG